GUUUCAACCCUUGAAAGGCUUGAAUAAACCAUCUUCGUCUUGACUCACGACCCUCGGAUUCUCUACCGUCUUCAACGGAACAAAACAAAACCCAGAGCGAAGCGAUCGAGUCAAGCUUGAGUGUGAGAACAAACCGAGUUCACCCUGAAUCCAAUCCCAUGGCGUCCACAAUUCUCAGGCGAACAAGCUGCUCCGCCGUGAAGCCAAUGGCGACCGGAGGUCUCCAAAUCGCAGCGGCGCCGUUCAGGGCCUUCGCGGCGAAGGUGGAGGCGGGGACUGACAUAGUCGCGGCCGCGCCUGAUGUUUCUCUCCAGAAGGCUCGGAGCUGGGACGAGGGCGUGUCCUCCAACUUCGCCACCACUCCUCUCAAAGACAUUUUCAGGGACAAGAGAGUGGUCAUCUUUGGACUCCCUGGUGCAUACACAGGAGUUUGUUCACAGCAGCAUGUGCCUAGUUACAAGAAUAGCAUUGAUAAAUUUAGGGCUCAAAAGGUUGAUUCUGUAAUUUGUGUCGCCGUUAAUGAUCCAUAUGUCUUGAAUGCCUGGGGAGAGAAACUUCAAGUAAAAGAUGCUAUUGAAUUUUAUGGGGACUUUGAUGGAAGCUUCCACAAGAGCUUGGGAUUAGAGAAAGAUCUAUCUGCUGCUUUGCUUGGACCUCGUUCUCAUAGAUGGUCCGCAUUUGUGGUUGAUGGAAAGGUUAAGGUUCUUAAUGUAGAGGAAAAUCCCUCGGAUUUUAAAGUUUCUGGCGCAGAGCACAUCUUGAAGCAGAUAUGAAGUUGCUAUUGUUUUGUAUGCGGCCCAGAUGACUACUCAAAUCCAUUGUAAAAUUAUAUAUCUGUAACUUCAAUGAUACACGCUGAGGACUGGUGAAUGUAGCUCAUAAUUCUCUUACGUUUCUAAUGUUAUUUCCAGAGUUAUCUUGGAUGUA